GAGUUGAGGAAUAUGGUGGAACCUUCCUCCAGCCAUGCUUGCACUAAUCCAAUGCUUCUAAAUGCAUAACGGGGCGUGAACAAGUGCACACUCCUGGAGACGGUGGGAGCUCAAUGGAAAUAUAGAGUUUGUAUAAAGUGAGGUAUAGAUAGCUAUAUGCACCUUAUACUAUACAGACAACUGGGACCAGGUGAUUCUCAGGAGCGUCAGUAAAAAUGAUACGAAGACAAUGACCCAACACACCUCAAGGCUUUUUAAGGGCUAUUUGACCAAGGAGGGUGAUGGAGUGCUGCAUCAGAUGACCUGGCCUCCACAAUCACCCGACCUCAACCCAAUUGAUAUUGUUUGGGAUGAGUUGGACUGCAGAGUGAAGGAAAAACAGACAACAAGUGCUCAGCAUAUGUGGGAACUCCUUCAAGACCGUUGGAAAAGCAUUCCAGAGCGUGAACACUGGUUACUUGCUUUAGUAAUCGCUGGGGGAAUGGUUCUCUGCUGGCUUGUCUUCUCACGCUGCACAUCUGUCUCUCUCAAUGAGGGUCUCAGUGAGUAUGUGGAGGGGUUAACAUGGCGCCAGGUGGAUCACCAGGUUGUGCUGAAUCACAGAUUACAGAGCAAUCAAGCCAUGCUUAUGGAACCAGUGAGGACUGACGUGCUGACUGUAACCCCAUGGCUGGCGCCUAUAGUCUGGGAGGGGACCUUCGACCCCCUGGUCAUAGACGAGGCCUUCAGGUCCCACAACCUCACCAUUGCUACCACUGUGUUUGCUGUAGGGAAAUACACUCGUUUUCUCUGUGACUUCUUAGAGUCAGCUGAGAAGCACUUCAUGGUAGGGCUGGAUGUGCACUACUACGUGUUCACCGACCUGCCCGGCGAUGUGCCGAGCAACGUGACUCUUGGUGUCGGCAGGCUGCUCAGCAUCAUGAGCGUGCCGAAGUUCGACCGCUGGCAGGAAAUAUCCCUCCGCCGCAUGGAGCUCAUCCAGACUGCCAUUGAGGAUCACAUCCACCGGGAGGCGCACUACAUCUUCUGCCUGGAUGUAGACAUGAGGUUCCAUGGCCGUGUGGGGUCCGAGGCGCUGGGGAGACUGGUGGCCGCCAUCCACCCCUGGUUCUACAUGUACCCCCGGAGCCAGUACCCCUACGAGAGGCGGGCCGUGUCCACAGCCUCUGUACCUCAGGACCAGGGAGACUUCUACUACCAGGCCAACAUAUUCGGAGGAGUGCUGGAGGAUGUUCAUAGGCUGACCAAGACGUGCAGGGAGCACCUGGAGGUGGAUAAGUCUGUGGGUGUUGAGGCUGUGUGGCAGGAGGAGAGUCACCUGAACUGGUACCUGGUGAAGAAUAAGCCCACCAAGCUGCUGUCACCUGAAUAUGUGUGGGACGACGCUAGAGGAUGGGACACCAAGGAGAUAAAACUCGUCCGCUUCUCCUCUGUCAUUAAGAACAAGGCAGAGGUCAGGGAGAACCCAUGAGAUGCAGCCCAUGCAAAACCCAGAUAGAUAUAUUAAGCUUAAACAGACAUAGCUAUAGCUUAAACAGACAGAUUUCGAUAGCUUAAACAGACAGAUUUUGAUCAGGAAUGUUUUAACAUGCUAAUUAGAUUUCCGCCCGAGGUGAUGAGAUUGACGCUAGAGUUUUAAAGACUCGAGCUAACUAUAUUUAAGCUCUUGAGUAUUCCUCAUCUCUGAGAACUGCCACAACAAAAUAAUGAUGUUCAAGACAACUGAGCGUGUUGUUGGUGCCCACCCUAACAGCGACAUGUUAGCAUCCCCUGAUCUGUGAACAGUUUUUACAAUUAUUAUGAUGUGAAGCCCUUUUAAUACUUGUAUUGAAAAGCGCUAUACAAAUAAAGUUUAUUAUUAUUAAGUUGACGUUUUAUACAUGAAAUUAAAUGUAUUUCUCUGG